AUAUUUGCAAGUAAUUAAAAUAAUAUGCCACUGAAAAGAGAUAGGAAAGUACGAUGGAAAAAAGCAAUGACGAAAGAAGAAAAACAAAAAGUGGCAUUGGAAAGACAAUUAAUGUUAAAAAGGGAACAUUUAAAUCGUGAAAUUAAAAUGGGAGCAUUGAAUACAAUGAAGUAUCGUCAAUUAUGGCGAGAAUUAAUGAUGCGUGCAAAAAUGCCGAUUAUCAAAGAAAAUAUUGAAAUUGCGUGGCGUACAUUUGAUCGAAUAAUCGAUAAUAAAGAUCACAGGUAUAUUUUUUUUGUAGAUACUAAAAAUCGAAGAAAAAUUUACGAAAUUGUUAAAGAUAAAAAUGAAAAAAAUCAACAGAUUAUAACUAAUCAAUAUGUGCGUAUUUCUGUUCUAUCGGAAAUAAUUAAUAAAUUUCGUGAUAAAGUUGCUACUCAUAAAGCUAACGUUAACAAAGAUUUCAAAGAAAUUAUGGACGAACAACAUUUCUUUUAUAGUUCUUAUUGGAUUAUGAAAAAUCGUCUUAUUUCUGGCAAGCGCAUUUUUGUUCAUAUCAUCAAUAAUUUUUUUUGGUAUUUAUUCUAAAAUAUUCUUUCAAUUCUAAUUUGUGUUUCAACAAUUACAGAACAAAAAGAAGAUAGAAUUCAAUUAACAACAACGACGACUGAAUAUAAGUUGACU